AUGGUGACGAAAACGGAGGAGACGGAGUUGAACCAACUCGAGAAUCAGGUCGAGAAUGGAGGAGGAGGAGCUUGGGAGUAUCUGUGCCUCGUUCGUAAGCUCAAGGUUCGCCGAUCAGAGACUGUGUUCAAGCACGGUCUCUCGAUCUUAAACGAUCCGGGAAAGCGAUCCGCUCUUGGUCCAGAUGAAUGGACCCUAUAUGAGCAGGUAGCAAUUGCAGCUAUGGACUGUCAAUCUCUUGGUGUUGCACAGAAUUGCAUCAAGGUUCUGCAAAAGAAAUUUCCGGAGAGCAAACGUGUUGGCAAGCUGGAGGCACUGCUUCUAGAAGCAAAGGGAAUGUUUGAAGAAGCUGAAAAAGCAUAUUCAAGCCUUUUGGAGGAUAAUCCACUCGAUCAAGCAAUACACAAACGAAAGGUGGCUAUGGCCAAGGCACUGGGCAAACCUUCCUUAGCCAUUGAACAUCUUAACAAAUAUCUUGAAGUAUUCAUGGCUGAUCAUGAUGCCUGGAGAGAACUUGCAGAAAUUUAUGUUUCCUUGCAAAUGUACAAACAAGCAGCUUUCUGCUACGAGGAGCUCAUACUAUCUCAGCCUACUCUACCAUUGUACCACCUAGCAUACGCCGAUGUUAUGUACACAAUUGGUGGACUUGAAAACCUCAUCGCAGCAAGAAAGUACUAUGCAGCAACCAUAGACUUAACAGGUGGUAAAAGCACAAGAGCCCUUCUCGGAGUAUGCUUGUGUGGAUCGGCAAUCGCACAGCUCUCAAGAGGAAGGAACAAAGAGGACAAGGACAUGGCUGCACCAGAGCUUCAGUCUCUUGCUGCAACUGCAUUGGAGAAAGAGUACAAGCAAAAAGCGCCGGCAAAACUCAACCUCCUCUCUUCUGCGCUAAGAAGCUUGAAAAUCUCUUAA